AACUUGUCUACAAGCAAGCGCACACCCCACAUUGCACACAAACCACAGCUUGUAUGCGAGGCGAGCGCCGAUGCGAGAAACAACACCACGCGCGCGUUUGUUCACCCAUUUUUGCAGCCGCGUUACCAUGGUGAGGAUGGAAAACCAAAACUAAAUAUUUUCACACACCACUAAGGAGCUACAAGACAAAAGGAGGGGAAGAAGGUGUGUAAAAGUAUGCGCACCACUCCGCGCCCCGUCAUGGCCUGCUGUGUUUAUUUGUUAUCGUUCGCGUAUCGCAUCAGGGUGUGCAGGUGUGCGCGUGUAGAAGCCGUAGUACGGUCGGUCCCCGGUGUGGUGUAGUCCAUCUGUGCCCUGCUGUGUGUUCUGCUGUAGGAUUAAGGAUUGUAAAGUGCAGAAAAAAGGAGUCUUGUGUGCACCUUCUGCUGCACAGCUGUGCGAUUUUUUUGGGUAUAGAUAUAUAAAUAAACCAACGAAGCGUGUUGUUCGCUUAAGACACGGAAAAGAAGACCCUUUGGCACAAACCAAAGACAGGGCGUGUGAUUGUGUGUGUGUGUGUUUGUAUUUCGCGUGUGUCCUUGCGCGUGGCUUUAAAUAACCACCUCGGUACGGCCAACAAGCAACAAAACAAAAAAACGAAAAACCCAAAAUCAGAAUGGCAAAAUCUGCAUCCUUCCUGUUUGAGGUCCGGCCGCUGUCGGGCUCGGUUAAGGCGAAACCCGUCCGCAGUGUCAAGAGUGCCUCGGCUGCAAUGCGACCCGUUCCGGCAUUUUCGAUCGAAUCGCUCCAGAAGAACACCUACGUAAUGGGGCCACCGAAGGCACAGAAGCAACGGUACAUGAUACAGCCGAAGGCGACAUCGUUUCGGAUGUACUACGAGCGGGGCGAUCUGCCGAUCAAGAUGGAGUAUCUGACCGGUGGCGAUAAGAUCGCCUGGACGGUCGACAUCGACAAGCUGGACUACGGCCUGUAUCUGCCCCUGUUCUUUGACGGGCUGUCGGAAACGCGCCACCCGUACAAAACGUACGCCCGGCAGGGUGUGCAGGAUCUGCUGUCGCACGGCGGCGACAAGAUCUAUCCCGUCAUUCCGCAGCUAAUUAUACCGAUUAAGAAUGCGCUCAACACGCGCAACGUGGAGGUGAUGUGUGUUACGCUGAAAAUUAUUCAACAGCUCGUCAUGUCGUCCGAUCUCAUAGGGCCCGCGCUCGUGCCGUUCUACCGCCAGCUGCUGCCAAUGUUUAACGCCUACAAGGUGAAAAACAUCAACUCGGGCGAUGCCAUCGACUACGGGCAAAAGAACAACAUGAACGUGGGCGAUCUAAUUGACGAGACGCUGCAGGUGCUGGAGCGGCACGGCGGCGAGGACGCGUUCAUCAACAUUAAGUACAUGGUACCGACGUACGAGUCAUGCUAUCUGAAUUAACCACACACCACCUUGACCACCACCACCACCCAUCGAUCGAUCGGGGUGGUAUCGCGGAGAGAAAAAGAGGCGAGAGUGACCGAUUUAUAGUUGAAUUCGCUGCCUGUCUGCCUGUUUGCCUGUCCACUAUUAAUGGUAGUGGAUCGAUUCGUAGAGAAAUAGCAGCAUGGCGUAGUGGAGUGCGGGUGUGAGUGUGUGUGUGUGUGUUUGUGUGGACAUUCUCACGAAAGGCGAUCAGCGGAGUCGUUUGUCAAGUGUCAACCUGUUUACGCUGAAUGAUGGUGGAGGCGCGUGCUAGGUGGUUUGGAGUUGAGGUGUGCUCACACACACAGACACACAUACGUACAGAACGUAGCAUAUUGUGCCAAAAUUAGAGUAAUGAAAAUAUCGAUUCCCGUUGGACGCCGUAAGUCUUAUAAGUACACACAGGACGCAGCGACGACCUGCGGCAUUUUCUUACUGCACAGGGAAAUUCGAAGAGAAAGAGAGAAAGAGAAAAAAGAGAAUGAUUUGUAGGGGAAACUAAUGACCCGGAAAUCGUCACCGGAUAGGAUGGCGGUGUAGCCAGUAGGUAAUACAAUGUGUUCUUUUAGGUUAAACAAAGUUAGCGACUGGAGAGUUAAUACUGUUUUCGAAGCUACACAAUUACUAUCACACACUAGCAAUGAUUACACUACAUUACCACUAUUGAAGAUUACAAGUUACCACAUUGCACAACAGGCAACGAAGCAGCUCACACAUCUUUUCAUGCAGAAGUAAGAGAAAGGUUGUCUGAUGGGAUCACCAAGGUCGCUAGAGAUAGAGGGGUACAUGGGUUUGAUUAUGGUCGCCAUGAUGGAUUUCUAUGAAGACGGACGGACCGAUCUGUAGUAAUUUAUAAACCUUGGGGUGAAUAGUAAAAUGGUGUAAUGUUUACAGUCUCGUAAUCCUUUUAGUUUUAUCGGAAAUGCAAAGCCACCCUAAUUCUAUUCCAAUUUGAUUACGUUUAACAAUCCUCACAAGGUAUUUUACAUGUAUUGUUUCUAUAAUUUACCUUACUCAAUGUUUUGGAAGGUUUCCAUUUAUUUGGUUGAUUGUAAGGUUGCUAGAUAGACUACAGGAGGGUCGUUAGUAGUGAUGUGCUUUCUGGAGCGCACACCGGUCCGACUCCAACCACAAAAUGGAACCACUAGAUCCGCCCGGAGUAGGAGUCGCCCGGAAUCGUCGGGAGUCGUUUGGAGUCGUCCGGAGUCGUUCGGAGUCGUUCGUAGUCGGAGUCGUCUGGAGUGGUUUGAAGGCGUCUGGAGUUGUCGGAGUCGUUCGGAGUUGGAGUCGUUCGGAGCCCAAUGACUCUUGAAGGUCCGGACGACUCCGAAAGACUCUGGACGAUUCCGAAUGACUCUGGACGACUCCAAACGACUCCAGACGACUCCGACUUGAUGCCAUGAUGACUGGAGAAUUCUAUGGAGAUUAGCAGAUAGGGAGUUAUGGUUGCUAAGGACUUUGUAUGAGUUGUUAAGUAACUUUGGACUCCCUAGAAUGAAGAUUUGUCAAAAUACACUGUAGGCGGACCGACCUGUAGUAAUUUAUGAACCUACAGGUAUGUUGGUAUAAACCCAAAUGAGCUUGAAAGUGCAUCUAAAUGACAGAAAGAUAAUGUAAAAAGAUACAAAUGUCUACUUUUUGUUAUGCUUACAAUAACGUUAUUUUCUUCUAAAUAAAACAAAAACUCGGCUGCUUAUAGCAGGGCUUCAAUCUCUGUUACUAGUCACAGAUCCAUGACAAAAUUGAUCCAUACGAGCAUACAACCCAUGAGCGGUAUGUUGUUAGGUCCUGCAGGGCCUUACGAAUAGAACAACGAACGGAUAGAUAAAUCAAUCUAUAUUAACAAGUUAGUUUAAUACUCUGUUGUCGAUCCUCUCAUGUUCAAUACCCGAGAGAGCUUUAAGACAUGUGUUUGAUACUUUAUUAAUUUACUUUAAAUAAAAAAAAAAUGACAACGAAUGCAUUGCUUUUUAAAAAUUAGUUUAAAUUACAACAGAAUAAAAAAAUCUAAAAAAUAUAAAGUUAAUGUAGAACGCAGAAAACAAAUUUACAAAACAUUGUGGCUUUUUCCUUUGAUAAAAUCCUGCCUACGGUAACAGACGGAAUUACUUUGUAACGGAAACCUUCUGGUAAAUAUGUAAUAAAAGCAGUCGUUGCA